UCGCGCGCGCGCACACACACACACAAACAAAGUAAAUAUACUAUCAAUGGAGAGAGCAAAGCUUACAAUGGCGGCAUUGGCCUUGUUCGCAGCGGCGGCGUUUCUCCUGGCGCCGGGAGCGACCGCGCUGGUGCAAUACACCCCGCGGUCAAUAUGGGAUCUAAUGCUAGCCCCAGAAGACCCCUUCAAGAUCCUAGAACAGUCACCGCUUGCCGCAGCCAGAGCAGCCGCGGACGAGAACGCGGUUGCUUUGGCGCGGGCGGACUGGAGGGAGACGGAGAGCGAGCACCAGAUCACGCUGGACAUCCCCGGCAUGAAAAAGGAGGACAUCAAGAUCGAGGUGGAGGAGAACCGCAUGCUCCGCGUGAGCGGCGAGCGGAGGACGGAGGAGGAGGUGAAGGACGAGCGGUGGCACAGGGUGGAGCGCACCGCGGGCAAGUUCUGGCGCCAGUUCAGGAUGCCCGCGAACGCCGACAUGGAGAAGGUGAGCGCGCGGCUGGAGGAGGGAGUGCUGAGGAUAACAGUGCCAAAGUUGAAGGAAGAGGAGAUCAAAAAGGAGCCUAAAGUCAUCGCCAUCGAUGUAGCCGCUGCGGAUCAUAAGGACAAGGAUGUUGUCAAGCCCCCUUCCGACAAGAAAGAGCACUGAGCUGCAUUUGUAUGUCAUUGUCUACUCAUGUGUGUUUCUAAUUUCUUCUUUUCUAAUUUCUUCUUUUUGUUACUGAAAUGGAUGUUUUUAUAUGAGAGUUGGGUGUGUUAGUAAUUCAAAUACUAAUAUCAACUAUCAUUAAUCAUU